AGCUGGAGAACGGGAGAGCCGGGGAGGGCAGGAAGGAGAGAGGUGCUGGGUACAGCGAGAGGUGCAGGGACUGAGAGAGGUGCUGGGGAUACAGAGAGGUGUCUGGGAUAAGAGCUAGGAGAGGUGCCUGAGAUAGGGAGGUGUGCUGACAAUAAAGAGAGGUGCUGUGUAGAGAGAGGUAGCAGGAGACAUCGUGGAGGAGCAGCAGAUGAUCUGAGCGGCUGCCGCACUGCAUCAUGUCCUGGCAUUGAUAGGCAAUCUGCCUCCCCCGGCACCCAGGACAGGGCUGCUUUUCCUGAGCUCGCCAUUUUAAUUCAUUGGGGACCCCCAGGAUUAUUGGGCUCUGCAUCCUUCCCACCCUCAGGCCUGCAGCUGUACAUCCAGCUGUUCCUCAGAGAAGGGCUCAGGGGUUAGUACCCCCACUCCCAGACCCUAGGGUUGCCAGGCAAGGGAUUGGCAGCCUGGGUAUGCGUGUCCGGACCAGGCUGCAGGUCUUUCCCUGCGAUCUUCUGGGGACGGGGAGGGGGAAUCUUCCUGUUGCCAAGAAGAGUGGAGUGUGCAAAUGUAAAUAAGCCUCUUCCUCCUCCUCCCCUUAUAUUGGAAGAUGAUGGUGAUAAUGAGGUGUCCCAGGGUCCCCAAGAAGACUUUCUAGCUGUGGAGGGGACACUGAGGAAGAUUUGUGCCUUUCGCCCCUUUCCCCUCCUUUCCCACCCCUCACCCCCAUCCAUCCGCCGCUGAACCCCCGCAUCCCAUAAAGACCCUAGGAAAACCCUUCAUGGUCAAACUGUAGUCAGGGGAAGAUAAAAUAUUGAGUGCACAGGGCGUGGAGGACAGGAGGAUAGAUAGCUCAGCAGCUCCCUGCAUCUCCCUCCCUCUCUCUCUCUCUCUCUGCCUGGGGAUGUGACCGUUUCCCACGGAUUGAUCUGUGGAUACAAUGUUGCCAUGCUGAUGCUGAUUCCAAAAGUCAAUCAGAGGAGACGUUUGGCUGUGUGUAGCAGGGGAAACCAUCAAACCCGGGAUCCAUAUGUCCUCAUCAUUUGGGAGUUGAUGCAGGAGGAUCAAACACAGAAGCCCACCCCCUGAAAGAAGACAUAACACUUUACCUCCCAAACCUCAUCUAGCCCUUCUAUAUAUGUAUAUAUUUUUUGGAUAUUUUUUUUUCUGCUGGCAGAUUCCAAGUGUGACAUGCAGAAGAGUAUCGGCAAAUCGCCGGCUGCAGCAGGAUACAACGCAUUUCCACUUGGAUACAUUUGCUGCAACGACUGAAAGGCUACACACUGGUUUGGAUUUGGCACAGGAGGCAUCAAAGUAUGGGCUGUGCUCCAAGCAUCCACAUCUCUGACAGCAGGGUGGUUUAUCACAGUGGGAAAGAGUCUGAUGACUCCAACUCUCCACAGCAGACCAACACACUGUCUCAGCCACAGCAGCAAACCAACUCAGUCCCUGGCUUAUUCAUUAAAUCCCCUAACACAUCCACUUAUAAGGUGAGGGCUAAUUCCUCAAAGAAAGACAGGAGGGAAAACAACCAGAUCAUGGAUGCAGAGAUGCACACCAGCAGAUCCAGUGUGAAGGCAGCUGUAACAGAAGUGCAGUUUGGUCCAAUGAGACUACACCAAGAUCAACUUCAGGUACUUUUAGUAUUUGCCAAAGAAGAUAGCCAGAGCAAUGGAUUCUGUUGGGCGUGUGAGAAAGCAGGCUUUAAGUAUAACAUUGCCAGAACGCCAGAAACGGCUUUGGAAAGCUUUUUAGAUAAACAUCAUCAAAUUAUCAUUAUCGAUCAUAGAAAUUCACGAAAUUUUGAUGCAGAAGCUCUAUGCAGGUCCAUCAGAGCUACCAAACCCUCAGAAAAUGUUGUCGUUAUUGCUGUAGUUAGAAGACAAAGUGAUCGGGAUGAAGCAUCUAUAAUGCCCCUUAUAUGUGCUGGCUUUACCAGGAGAUAUGUAGAAAAUCCCAAUAUAAUGACCUGUUACAAUGAACUUAUUCAGCUAGAAUAUGGAGAAGUACUUGCACAAUUUAAACUAAGGGCUUGCAAUUCACUAUUUACUACGUUAGAGAAGAGUCAAGAAGCCAUUGAAAUUACAAGUGAGGAUCACAUAAUACAGUAUGUGAAUCCUACAUUUGAAAGCAUGAUGGGUUAUCAGAAGGAUGAACUAGUUGGAAAAGAUUUAACUGAAGUGCCUAUUAAUGAAAAAAAAUCUGAUUUCUUAGAUACUAUAAAUUCUUGCAUCAAAACAGGAAAGGAAUGGGAAGGUGUUUACUAUACCAAAAAUAAACAUGGUGAUAAUAUCCAUCAGAAUGUGAAGGUUAUUCCUGUUUUUGGACAUCGGGGUAAGAUCAGACACUAUGUGUCUAUUAGUCGGCCAUGUAAUGACAAUAAUAAGGUAGAAAAACAAUGUGAAAGAGUUCAGGCUGAAUCUCAAACAGACAUCCAGACUUGCAGACACAAGGACAGGCGGAAAGGUUCGUUAGAUGUCAGGUCAACCACCUCCAGAGGAAGUGAUGGUAGUUCACAGCGGCGGCAUUCUUCAAUGGCUAGAAUACAUUCGAUGACUAUUGAAGCCCCAAUCACAAAGGUAAUAAAUAUAAUCAAUGCUGCCCAAGAGAACAGUCCGAUGCCUGUAGCAGAAGCCUUGGAUCGAGUGCUGGAGAUCUUGAGAACCACAGAAUUAUAUUCUCCACAGCUUGGAACUAAGGAUGAAGAUCCUCACACCAAUGAUCUGGUUGGAGGUUUGAUGACCGAUGGCUUAAGAAGAUUAUCAGGGAACGAGUACAUAUUUUCUGCGAAACAAGUCCAUCCUGUUUCUGGACACUUGAUAUCAUCUCUCUCACUUACUGAUAUCCCACCUCGGAUAGCACAAGCGAUGGAUAAUGAGGAAGAUUGGGAAUUCGAUAUCUUUGAAUUAGAGGCUGCAACUCAUAAAAGGCCCUUAGUUUAUCUUGGCCUGAAAAUAUUUGCACGGUUUGGGGUUUGUUCAUUCCUAAACUGUUCAGAGGCUACCUUGAGGUCUUGGCUGCAUGUUAUUGAAUCAAACUACCAUUCAAGCAAUGCCUAUCAUAAUUCAACACAUUCCGCUGAUGUCUUACAUGCCACAGCCUAUUUCCUCUGUAAAGAAAGGGUGAAGCAAAGCCUGGAUCCAAUUGAUGAAGUUGCAGCUCUUAUUGCUGCCACUGUGCAUGAUGUCGAUCACCCAGGGAGGACCAACUCUUUCUUGUGUAAUGCUGGCAGUGAACUGGCCAUCCUCUAUAACGACACUGCGGUGUUGGAGAGCCACCAUGCGGCUCUAGCCUUCCAGAUCACUACAAGAGAUGACAAGUGCAAUAUAUUCAAAAAUAUGGAGAGGAAUGAAUAUCGCACAUUAAGGCAAGCAAUCAUCGACAUGGUAUUGGCAACCGAAAUGACCAAGCACUUUGAACACGUUAAUAAAUUUGUCAACAGCAUCAACAAGCCAUUGGCAGCGGUGGAAGAAACUGUGGGCAACAUCGGGGAAGAUGAUUCUGUCAAAAAUGUGUUAACAUCCCCAGAAAAUCGGAUCCUCAUUAAAAGAAUGCUGAUUAAAUGUGCAGAUAUCUCCAAUCCAUGCCGAGCACUUCAGCAAUGCAUAGAGUGGGCAGGGAGAAUAUCUGAGGAGUAUUUUGCUCAGACGGACGAGGAGAAGCGGCAGGGUUUACCAGUAGUAAUGCCAGUAUUCGAUAGGCAUACAUGCAGCAUUCCUAAAUCCCAGAUUUCCUUUGUGGAUUAUUUUAUAACGGACAUGUUUGAUGCAUGGGAUGCAUUUGCUGAUUUGCCCAAUUUAAUGCAACAUCUGGAUAAUAAUUUCAAAUAUUGGAAAGGACUAGAUGAAAAGCAGCUGAAGACACUGCGACCGCCAGCGGAAUAACAGAAGCUGCCCUGUACUUCCACCAAGCAGCCAAUGAAGCUUAUACUCUAUUCGUGAAGCUCCAAUGAAUAUUGGUCCAUUUAGAGUUACCAGAAUCUGCUUCUUCAUCUUGCAGAACUUUCACGUAACAAGGAUCGUCAGGUUGGACAUUACCUCGAGUACCCUGCAGUAAACUGUAAAGCCUUUCAUGUUAACUUAUCUUUCAAGUUAAAUUACACUGGAUUGCUGCAAUAUCAGUACUGAAAGGUUCUACAAAAAAAAACAAAAAACCUUAGCCGUUUAUUUUCUUCAUGCCUGUAUGGAAAUCUUGAAGAUACCCUUGGAUAAGUUUCUUCUCCCAAGAGAUCGCUCAGAAAAACGAAACCUCAAAUUUACAAGUGAAGGAAACUCAUAUUUUGUGUCUCGCAGCUUUUAAGAGAACACUCUGCUUUUUUUUUAAAGCACUUAAAGUUGUAACAAUCAACACAUUAAAUGCACUCUUUAUGAAGGAGUUUUUUGAUCCCUGAGAAAACAGAUCCACACUAUUUUUUAAUAUCACACGAGGGGCAAGCAUUCACCUCUGCACACUACUGAUAGGGAGAUCUCGCAAGGCUAUUUAGUCACAAUUGUAUAAAUACAAAUACACAGAACAAUUUUGAACUGAAUCAUUAGCAUCUAUGAUUAAAAUAUGUUUUAUUUAUUUUGUUAGAUGUUCAAUAUUUUCUAUGGAUUUAUAAAGAAAAAAAAGCCAAAGCCAACUUUAGAUUAAUUAAAAUUCACACGAUUCAUAGUCAUAAAUGUACCUGAAUCAAUGUACAGACCUUUUAUUUUCAUAAUGCAAAAUACAGAAAUACUAUUCAAUGACACAUUUGUAUUGCACUGUUAGACUCAAUGUGGAUGUCUAAACAAUUUGCUUUUUGAUUUAUGUUGAUUUAAAACUGUUUCUCUCUAUGAAGUGGCGUUGCUGAAGGUAUGGUAGCAAUGAACAAGGCACCAGUGCAAAGUGAUUUUUCUUGGUGAUGGUUUUUACUCUGUUAGUUUCACCUUUCCUGACGCCAUUGGAUCUACAAGGAAUUGCUAUGCAAUGUGUUGGAAGGUCCUUUGGCUACUACGGGGAAAAGAAAUGCGCCUUGUGAUUAUUUCCCCAAAUUUGCAGUUUGGUUUCCUUAUCAGAAGCCUGCCUUAUUUUCUACAAUAUUUCUAUAUCACGUUCCACAAAUAAAAAAACAAAAAACAAAAAAAAAAACAGAGGGGAGGUCAAAAUAUAUUUAAGCAUUUUGUAGCUUAUUUUAUUUUAUUUUGCAAAGGUGUUCCUUUAACUCCAGUUUGGAAAGGUAUGUACCUUCACAAAUUAAAUAAAACAUUCACAAUAAGCACCGUUACAAUAAAAUGUAUAUUUUACGAGUU